AUGGUCAAAGGUGGCUAUGGCGGUGGCGGCUAUGCAACAAAUUUCGCAACCUAUGAUCUUAAUGAUGGCGCAGGAAGCGGAGGUGGUCAAACCGCUGUCAAAUUCCUGUCAAAUGACCUUUGGCAUCGAGUGAUAGUAGCCGGUGCUGGAGGCGGUUCUGACAAUUCAUAUACAAUUGGAACUCAAGAUGAUGGCUCAGGAGGAUCAGGCGGUGGCCUUACUGCACAAGGAUACUGGAUCAAUGGCGUUUAUAAUUCAUCCAGAUUAGCCAAUUCUACAUUUGGAUUUACAUUUGGAUCGGGUGAAUCAGCCCAAGAAAACGGAUCAAAAAAUUUAGAUGGUGUUACAAAAGGUGAUGGAGGAUAUGAUAGACCAGGUUCAGGAAGUGGCUGGUUUGGAGGAUUUGCAAGUCACAACGGAAAUGGAGGUUCAGGAGGAGGAAGCUCGUGGGCACUAUCAGCAAAUGCAAUCAUCCCUCAAGGAAAAAUUGAAGUUCGAGAUAGUUUUUACAAUCUAAAUGAUAGUCGCCCAUAUUCAUUCAGUCUUGAUGAUGGAUAUCUCUUCAGUGAUGUCAAGACAUAUCCAGGUAUCUGGGAAGGCAACGGUCGUCUUGUUAUCACAAUUCUUGACAGUAUCAUCUAUCAUUCUUGUAAUUCUUUCGAUCGAUCCCCCUUUUCAUAUAUUCUUUUCAUUAAUAUGGAAUUCGAAACUAACGCAUAA